UAUUUUAGGUACAGAUUCGCCAAACUGUUGUAAAUGUAAUGAAAGCCAGAAGAAGGCAGUGAGUGAAGAGGAAGAUCGAAUCUGUUACUCUUCUCAGUUUUUGCUGUUCAACAAGUGAACAAAACCAACAACAAGAAUGGGGUCAAUAGCGAAAAAGGGUCUGCAACAGUACUUAUUACAGCUUCAGCAACACCCUUUACGAACAAAGUCAAUAACUGCGGGAGUGUUGUCAGCGAUUAGUGAUAUAGUGACUCAGAAGAUCACUGGCAUUCAGAAACUUCAAGUCAGACGUCUUCUCCUCAAAGUGCUUUUUGGCGUUGUCUAUCUUGGACCAUUUGGCCAUUUUCUUCACUUAUUACUGGACAAAAUUUUCAAGGGGAAACGAGACAAGAGUACAGUUGCCAAAAAGGUGUUGCUGGAACAAGUUACAUCGUCACCCUGGAAUAACUUGCUUUUCAUGGUUUACUAUGGAUUAGUUAUUGAAAGAAGACCCUGGAUCCAGGUGAAAUCAAAUAUCAAGAGGGAAUAUCCAAAAGUGCAGUAUACAGCUUGGACGUUUUGGCCAGUGGUUGGGUGGGUAAAUCACCAGUAUGUUCCACUGCAAUUCAGAGUGAUCUUUCACAGUAUUAUCGCAUGUUGCUGGGGAAUAUUUUUGAAUCUACGUGCAAGGUCGAUGGUUUUAAAAAAAGCUUGAAAUCCUCAAAAGUUGAUAUAUGAACAUGGCAACAUUUCCUUGUAUAGUUCAAAGAUAAUCGUUGCUUGGGGUGCUUAUUUUGUGCUGAUCUUUACUUUUUUCUUUUCUUUUCUAUUCUUCUUAAAAGCAAGAUAUCUUCAUUAAAUAAAAUGGCAUGCUUGUGAUAGAGCACGUGCAUACUCAAAAUGUUUCUCACAUGGCAAUGUGAAAAGUUGUCAGAUUGUGGCAAAAGUGUAUUA